GUACUGUAGUGUAAAGAAAGGAUUGCAAUCAUGGCCGUCAAGCCCGUUUCUACCCCCAAGGCUGCCAAGCGCGUCUUCAAGAUCGACUGCUCCCUCCCCCUGGGUGACUCCAUCUUCGACAUGGACAACUUCCAGCAGUACAUUGCCAGCCGCAUCAAGGUCAACGGCAAGACCGCCAACCUCGGCGAGGACAUCGUUGUUGAGGCUGAUGGCGACUUCCUGAACGUCACCACCACCAUCGCCUUCUCCAAGCGCUACCUCAAGUACCUCACCAAGAAGUUCCUCAAGAAGAACAACUUCCGUGACUACAUGCGCGUCUCCGCCACCGGCUCCUACACCUACACCAUCAAGUACUUCGACCUUGAGGGUGGUGAUGAGGAGUUCGAGGGUGAGGAGGAGGAGAACUAAAUGUGUUCUCUCUCGUCUCUCUCUCAUCGCACCCCCUUCCGGUCCGCAGAGGAUGACUCCCCCCCCCCGGGUCCCCGGGAUCUUCUUGGGGCGCGCGCCGAUGCGUUGUCCCCCGGUCGUGUCCUGUGCCCCUCUCUUUCCCGGGCUGCUCCCGGGGUGGUCCCCCCUUGGCUGUGCAUCCACUACACCUUCCCGCGCCGCGUCUCUCCCCCUCUCUGCAGGGGCGCUGUGCGCAGGCAGUGUGUCGGGUUUGCAUGUGCAUGUGGGUUGCUUAAUUUUGCGUGUGUGCGCGCGGCCCCACUGCGGCGGCGGUGCCCCCCUUCCCACCUGUGGGGGGAGCCCCGUGUUGUGUGCUGUGUGUGACCCCAAGAGAAAAAAUAUACCUGCCUCACACACCUGGCCAUCUCAUCCGCA